GUUGUCACUUGUCAGAUAGAUGUAAACAAACAGUAUGUGCCGCCUCGUGCCUUUUGUUAAGCGCGGUUAAAAUUGGUGCUCUGUAGUGAAGCAUGCAGGGAACAACGCUCUGGGAAGGAAGCACUUGUCCGCUCUGCAAAACGAAAGGAAUUAAUUCGAAACUGAAGUUUUUCCGCUUAAAUUUACGUGUCGCAGCUUUGUUAUGUAAACACAAAAAGUGUCCAUUUCCAGUGAGUACAGAGUAUCCUGACACAUUUGUCCGUGUUGGUCGAGAUGGCAAGAUUAUACCAGGUUCAGAGUCUGAGAGAGGUUGGCCACAGGAAGAGGAAGAUGAUUCUGAUGACUCACCAUAUAUUUCUGAUACAUCAGAAGAGUCUGUUACAUUUCCAGAUAUUUUCCCAGACGUCAAGACUCUGCAAAAUGUUUCAUCAGAGAAUACAAAUGAUAAAGGAGUCUUGGAAGUUGAUGCAUUUGAUAUAAGCAAUAUUGAUUUUGAAACUGACGACAGUAUGGAUAUAUUCAAACUACGAAAUGAGAUAACUUCCCUAGAAAAGGAAAUUACAAAGUGUGUAGAAAAUAUGAAAGCUGUGCCACCCCAUGUUAACUAUAAAGGUUCUCCAGUGCUUAAUAACUACAGCGAAAAGUGUGAAAAUCCAGGCACAGUGGCAGCCAAAGCUUUUACAAGUUUGGAUGAUAACAUUUGUACUGAUACACAAAGAGAAUCAGGUACAAAUUGCAUUAGCUGUGUGAAAAUGAACGAAAAUGUGAUGGAGCAGAGUAACAGUAGAAACUCUGGUAAUACAAUAUUGCAUGAACAUGAUUCACCUACUAGCAUACCUAGAAGUCUUGAACUUACUGAAGUGAGUGAAGAAUUAGCCAGCUGUAUGCAGCAUUCAGAAGUCAGCGCCCCGAUUUCUAAUAUGUGUAUUUCGAGCCACAAACAUGCAGAUGUUCAGAGUAAGAGCAAGAGAAAUUGUAGAGGUGCAGGCCACAAUGAUGGUAGUGAUCAUGAUGAUGGUUUUGAAGAAGUGAAAAGCACCAGUAACAGUAAUGACAACAAUGUGAAAAAUCCAGAGCAGGAACAAACAAUACUAUUAAUUCCCCAAGAUACAAAAAAUACCGUGGGAAAUGAUUUAUCUAGGGUGUGUGAAUUACAUGCAGAAUUAGUCAUUAGUGAAUCAGUAAGGACUAAAAAAAAUAUUGAUUGUGACAAGGAGAUAUGUAAUGAUAAAGAAGUGGUCAUUAUAUUUGAUGAUGAUAAGAGUAGUGAGUGUAAUGACAAUAAUGCAGGAAAGCAGCUUGAUGGUGUAUCUAUGGCAGAUACCACAAAUCCAGAACCUGAACCCCUGGUGUUGUUAAAUCAUCAGAGUACGACAAAUACUGUAGGAAAUCAUUCACCAGGAAAGCUUGAAUUAUUUGCAGAAUUAAUCCCUGGUGUAUCAACAUUCAAUAAAAAAGAUAAUCAUUGUAUGAAAGAUUUGUGUGAGGAUAAAGAUGUGGUCAUUAUAUUGGAUGAUGAUAAGAAUAGUGUUAGUACAAAAAAUACAGUAGCAAAUGAUUUACCAAGAAAGAGUGAAUUACAGGCAGAAUUAUUAAGUGCUGAAUUAGUACCCAUUCAGAAAGAUGAUGAUGGUCAUGAGGUGUAUAAAAUUGUGACAGUUGAUAGUGAUACAUCAUCCACAGGCUUCCUUGGGGAUUCAAGAAACUAUGAAGUUAUAGAUGUACAAUUAAGUUCGUGUGAAAACCUGGAAUCAACUCGAAACACUGACGGGAGGAAAACUACAAACGUGCAUCACAGUGCUCAAAAUACUAUUGAGCAACUUGAUAAGAAAAGCAGUAUAACUUGCUCAAAUUCAGGGAGUGUAACACCAUCUGUAAAAAUAAAAAUUGUAGAAGAAGAUGGACUAUUUGUGUGCAAAACUGAUGCACAUUCUAGUGUUUCAGAAGUAGAGGAAACAAAGCAGGUUCAAAAUACGUCUGCAAGAAACAAUGCUCAUUCUAAAAACUGUGUUUGUUUUUUAUGUAAAGAAUCUGAUCAGAAGGGCAUCACAUCACAUCUUGACCGGGCACUGGCAGAUAUUUUCCCAGAGGAAUGUCCUACUGAUAAACACUUGAAAGAGAGAGAACUUCGAACAGAAAGAGAAGUCAUGAAAGACUUUCUUCGUUACAUGACUGGAAAUAAUAGCCUGAAGGAUGCCAAAAAGAGUCCCAAAAAGAGAAAACGUAUCUUUCAUCUAUAAUUCCCAACACUGUGUGCAGGAAGACUUCUGUAUAAUAUCAGUAUGUGACUCCAUUCUAAAAGGCAAGUACAAAAAUGUGAGUGAAAUGUGAAUAACUUAUCUUUGAGCCACAUCGCUAAAUGCCUUAAAGUGCAAGAGAAAAGGGAAUGAAGGCAAAAACCUGGAAGAGAAGAGAAUGUGAUACACAGAGUUAUGCGAGAGAUAUGUUAGGGGCAAGAGUGUGGUCCAUACUGACAAAUGUGGUGUUCAUAAGAUUUACUGUAUACCAAACGACUGCCUCUGCCAGCAAAAUUUUUGUAUUUCUUGCUUUUUCUCUCUUUGCAUUGCAAUGAGGCUCCAGUUUUUGAAUUCUAGUCCUAGUGCAAAAUUGCUUUUAUAUUCA